AUGGACCCAACAAAAGAUCGUGUUUAUCAUGGAUAUGUUCUAUCUGUAACAAUUAUCGAAGAAGCGUACUCAUGGACCCCAUCCAUUCAUCUUGUAAUUGAAGAUGAACACUUCGAUUGUGAACGAAUGUUCAUUUAUGGAUUUCCUGAAGGGCAAGGUAAAUACUUAACCAGCAAAGUCUUCGCAAUUGGUAGUAAAAUGAACAUUAUAAAUCCAUACUUACGAUUAGGUGCAAAUGACAUGAAAUCCUUAAUUCGUAUUGACGACUUUUCAUCAAUUAUAAUGCAAAGUGAAACCGAACGAGUUUUGAAUAUGUGCCGAUACUGUGGACAACCAAAUGCAUUACAUGUUUGUAGCAAAUGUAAGCAAGCACGUUAUUGUACAAAAGAAUGUCAAACAAUGGAUUGGAAAUUAUAUAACCAUAAACUGAUAUGUAAGAAACAAUGA